AUGAUCUCGCCUGAAACUCGUGUGCCGCAGCAGCGAUCGCCGCCGCCAUUCCUCGGAAAGCGUCAGCGAGUUAUGGGAAACCUAAAUCGUUCUCUUGCUCUAUCUGCGUUUCUGCUUCUACUUCUCGUUUCGCCGACUCAACCCGAAGUUAUUACCCUAACCCCUGAGACCUUCUCCGACAAGGUGAAGGAGAAAGAUACUGCGUGGUUUGUCAAGUUUUGUGUUCCUUGGUGCAAACAUUGCAAGAAUCUGGGCACACUAUGGGAAGACUUAGGGAAGGCAAUGGAAGGCCAAGAUGAGAUAGAGGUUGGCGAAGUUGAUUGUGGAGCAAGCAAAUCAGUGUGCUCGAAAGUGGACAUCCACUCAUACCCAACAUUUAAGGUUUUCUAUGAAGGAGAAGAAGUUGCCAAAUACCAAGGGAAAAGGGAUGUAGAUUCGCUCAAAGCGUUUGUUUUGGAAGAAGCAGAGAAGGCUGAGAAGGCUGCAGCGGAAAAAGAGAAUGACAGUGACAUUGACAAAGAGUUGUAA